GGCGCCAGUGGCCCCUGCUUGUAACUUUCUGUAAUCUGGGGCAUGUCAGGGGUCAGCAGGUUCUGCCUGGUUACUCCCCUCAUAGUUUGUGGGAGUUCUGUGGAGCAGUUGCUGCUUCCUAUGGGUAGAGUCCAGCUGGUCUGAGGAGGAAGUACAAGUUGCUUAACAAGUAGAACAAUGGGGAAAAAGAAGCAGAAGAAAGCUGCUAGAAGAGAGCUUGUGUUCGACGAGGAGAAGAGAAGAGAAUAUUUGACUGGUUUUCACAAGCGCAAAGUGCAGAGGAGAAAAGCUGCCGUGGAGGAGAUCAAACGCAAAAUUAAAGAGGAGCAAAAGAAGAUGAGACAAGAGAGGCACAAAGAAUACAUGAAGAUGCUAAAGGAAAGAGAAGAGGCUUUAGAGGAAGCAGAUGAAAUAGAGCAGCUUGUUACAUCUAAAAAAGAGUCUGUUAUUUUUGAUCAUCCCAACCACACUGUAACUGUAACAACCAUCAGCGACUUGGAUCUUUCCGGAGUGGGCCUCCUACCUCCUGGCAUCAUAGAGAAGGAAGUUGAGGAAAACGAUGAAGAGCAACAGUCCAAAUCCACACAUUCUCUACCCAAAAAAUCUGGAGAACCGCUGCUUUCAAAGAGGAUCUGCAGUCUCACCAAGUCUCUCCAUGCUCGCAGUCAACGUAAAUCCAGCAAAAAACGUCCACAAAAGUUACAGGACAAAAAGCAACCCACAGCCAAAACAACUGGACGUACAAGCAAAGCUCAGCGUAGGAGACAAACUGGCAAAACUGGAAGAAACAAAGAGUAAGCUGUAUAUCGAGCAUCAUCCACACACAGACUUCAUACUAUGGAGAUGUGCCUCCAUGGAGUCCGAAUUUCCAGAUCUCUUUAUAAAGAAUUGGUGUAUAUUGCAGCUAGGACUACUCUGCAUUGAUAAGAAUUUGACACAGAAUACUUGAGUUAUUUUAUCAACGUUUUAUAUGUUACACCAGAGAAUAUAAUAGUAAAGCUUUUAUAUAUUGUGUAAGCUGUGCUGCUCUUGUAUUGCUUUCUCACCUGUCGUCACUGCGUUGUUAGUUAUUCAGCCUGUUCUCUGUUCUGUAACCAAUGAUGGAUAAGGGGGAGGUGACCUGUUGUUUAAAAGCCUACCUGGGAGAUGGGAAUAAAAUGUGUAUGACAGGAGAGGCUAGUCGCACGAUGCAGGUAACUGACCAGGGAAGAAGUGCUGGUUAUUAUAUUGAUCGGUUAUUACCGGUAGAGGGCAGGGAAUGAUGUCUGCAGGCUCAUGUUACAUUAUGUUCUAGAUCUUUGGACACGGCACAUUUGUAUAUUCAGGGAUUGCGUCUGGCACAUGCAGUGAAGAUAAUGUCACUGGUGUGCAUGUAUAAUUUAACAGCUGCCACUGUAAACAUGACCCUCUGCUGCUGUCUGUUCACAGGGAUGGCACCUUAGGUGCUUUGUCAUUACCUAUUGCCAUGAGCAUACAUGGUAAAUUUCACAUUUUCUGUGGUCCUCAUAGGAAUUUUCAUUUUGCGUUAUUGGAUGUACACCUGUAUUACAUGUAAUUGUUUUUUUUUUUUUUUGUUUUUUUUUUUACAGUUGCUUCUGUACAGCCCAGUUGAUGUGUAAUGAUAAUAUCUUUACUAUUAAAAUGUUGUCGUCAUAAUCAA